CAGUGAUUUUCUGUAACAAUUUUACGCUAACGGCGCCGGGAAUGUUGUUUUUGUUGAAAAAAUAUCCAUGCCAUUAUUUAGGGGUUAACCAAUAUGGCGAAGCUUGCUUUUUAUAUAAUGUUUAUUUUAACAAUUGUUAUUUUUAAGUGAAAUCCAAUACCCUCCGUCGUUAGUCGCGCGAAAAGUGUGCCCUCGAAAAAUAAUUUUCGUGGAUAUUUCGAUUUUCGUCGUGAUAAAUUUGUUCAACAAACGACAAUCUCGUCGGGCUAAUUAUAACGUACGUCGUUCGUCGCCCGCGAAUAUUACGGGCCCCCUGGAAACCGUUUUCCUCAAGAUUUCCACGUUAAGGUUAUGUUUUGAAGGAUUUUUUUUCUUUUGCCGGUCUUGAGGUUGUUUUGACGAAAUCUUAUGCACGCGAUAAGAGUUUAUCUCGGUCCGCCAGCGGGAGAGAGAGAGACGGCGCCACCUGCUCUCCCGCGGAGAUUUGUUUCUUUUUUUAGUUUUGUUGCGUCGGUUAUUAUUUUGUUGUAAAUAAAUGGUCGUCUUUUUUUUUAAAUCGCGCCGAGUCAAUUUUUUAUCGAUUUGGUCGGUUGAGAUGUGCGUUGCAAUUUUUGUUCUGCAUCGCGUUAAGGACGUAAGACGUACACGGCCUUAUUGAUUUUUGUUUAUUAUAAUUUGGCGGAAAUUCUUGUAAUACCCACGGAUCGGUUAUUUUUAAUUUUGUGGUCCGUUGCGCCCGAAGCGUUGUCCGUUGUCGAUGUGUGUGUUAAAAAAUUGUUAGCAACAUAUUGCAUUUCGGCGAAAACGAUCGUUUUGUUAAGUUCGACCGGAUCUGUUGCCCUCGCUGGAGCCUACCGACCCGAAUUCGAUGCCCCGACCCUGAACUCGACAGGAAUCUUGGGAAUCGGUCAAAAUGGUCACCCCGCCACCUCAACAGUUCUGUGUUAGGUGGAACAGUUAUCAAUCGAACUUGCAGAACGCGUUCCCUAAACUCCUCACGUCGGAGCACUUCGUUGACGUCACCCUAGCGUGCGAAAACGAGAUGCUCAAGUGUCACAAGGUGGUCCUGUCCGCGUGCUCGACCUAUUUCGAGAAACUGCUGCUGGACAAUCCGUGCCAGCACCCGAUCAUAUUCAUGAAGGACAUGAAGUUUCAAGAGAUGCAGUCGCUGGUCGACUUCAUGUACAAGGGCGAGGUAAACGUGACCCAGGACGACCUCCCGUCUCUACUUAAGUCGGCCGAAGCGCUCCAGAUCAGAGGCCUGUGCGGCUCCGAUCAGUUGCUGAACCCCGCGUACUUUGGCAACGUCGCUAAAGCGACGGCUCAUCCGCAGUCCAAACCCCUGGAAACGUCUCCCGCCCAACAAGACAACAAACCUCAACCGAGUCAAGUGGUGAUGCCGAAAAACGAGGGUUUGGUCAAGAAGGAAGUGAACACGGAGGUGGGGUCCGAGAGCGGGAACGCCCCUUCAUCAUCGGAAUGCGACUCCAACGACGGCAUGCUUCAGAUCAAAGAAGACGCCGACGAAGGCGAGGACGAUUCGUUCUUCGAGGGCGACGGCGAGUCUUUCAUGGACCAGGAGCUGAUGGAGGAGGAGGGUCCGGUCAUGACCGGCGUAGACAGCACCAGAACCCCGGAAUUUGCUAUCGCCAACGUUUCUUGCCAGUACGACGGCUCGCCAGGAAAUUUGAAUUUCUCGUUAGGUUCGGCCAACAAGAGGAUCAGGAGGUCGGACGAAGAAUUGAGACGAGCCGCCGAAUGCAUAACACGAGGACAGACCUUCCAGACGGUCUCCGACCAAUUCAACAUACCCAUAUCCACGAUAAGGUUCUACAUGGCGCGCAAGGGUAUCCUCCCAAGACGUAAACGGGGCAGAUCAUGCGCCCCGACGAUGGGCAUGGGCGGUCUCCCGAUGGCGGGCACGUAUACAUCACCCGGCAGUCCCAUUGGGCCCCCUUACCACAUCGUGCAUUACAAGUUGCCAGCGCUCGGCGUCUCCAAACUCAAAUAGGGGCCCCCGUGCGGGCCCCGCGAUCGGACGUGAGGAACGCGUUCGGUUUUUGUUGCGUUUUUGACGUUUUUUUAUUUUUUUUUAGUCCAAGCGAACUACUUAUUAGCCGUCGUAUUUAUUUGCCAUUUUUUUUAUACACCAUUACGUUUUACGUAAUUAUUUCGAAGAUCUCCGCGCGAUUCGGUGCCACCCACAGUAUUUUGUUUUGUUGCGCCUUUUUUUUUUUUUUUUCGCUGCCGUCAGGGCGAAUUCUUCCGCACGCCACUGCGACCAGGAGCGCAGCGAGCGAAGGGUUGUAAUUUAGAUAAAAAAAAACUGCUCUCGGGAGCAGUGCUCCCAUCAAAUUUAAUUUGAAAAAUUCGUCGAUUUUUCCAGGUUGACAAAAAAACAUUUUUUAGAUUUAACAGACUAUCGUUAAAAUAAGUAAAAUGCAAAAAAAAAUGUGACCCGUAACUAGGUUAUUGGGAAACUUACCCGAGAAGGUCAGGAAAUUGAAGUUCUUGCAAUUGCAAAUUACUGUGGCCCCGUAAUAUUUUCUAAUAAUUUCUCCAUGACCUAAUUAAUGAAGUUGGAUAACGAAACAAUUCAACUAGAAUAAUGCUCCACUUUUAUAUGCUUACAGCUACUAGAAUAUAGAAGCCCUCCUCAUAGAUGCCCACAAUAUAGCAACAAUAACUUUUUUUUUUUGAGAACGUCCAUUACCUUGCGGCCUUCAACAACCGACAUGGCCGCUGAUAGCCGGUCAAUGAGUUUGGAUUCAGCAUUUUUAUGGCAGCAUUUUCUCAAAAUACGCUUUGAAAAUGGCGCAAAGUGCAUGCGCGGAAAAUCAUAACCUUCUCUACGAAAAUGUCAAUACCGCCUGUGGCGCAAACAAUUUUUGCGGUAGUAGAGUCACUAUAUUAUGUAAUAGCUAUAUGUUGAUAUCAAAUACUCGUCAAAAAUUCAAAGUUUCUUCAUAAAUUUGACCAUAACCUAAAAACAAAAACUAGUAUGUUAAAAAUAGCAUAUUUUUGUAUAAAAAUAUAAAAAAUGAUAAACAAGUCAAAAUUAAACAAAACGUUUUACUAUAACUUAAAACAAAAACUAAAAAUUCUAAAAACCAAGCAAAUUCAUUUUUUCUUGCAAAUUCUUUUGGCCUUCUAAUACAAUUUCUACAUGAAUUUGACUAUUUUAUAUCAAAUACUCCUGAAACAAAUUCAAAAAUUCUUCAUAAAUCUUACUAAUUGUUAAAAAAAAUCAAAAAGUAAGGUAAUGUUCUUAUAUAAACACGCGCAUCUAACCAAUUUCUUACCAUAUACCAAUAAGAAAACAAAUCGUUAGUAGGAUUAAGGCAUUAGUGCAGUCCCAGUAUUUAACCGUAAAUUUUUUUUGAAAAAACUGCUUAACUGUUCAAGGUCCUUUUUAAACUCUCUUUCUUACCAUUUCAGGAGCCAUCCUGAAUUUUUAUUUUGGUCAAUGUCUUUGAAUAUUUUUGAUUCGGUCGUUAACAAAAAAAGUGGCCAUCCAAAAAGUACCGGUUUAGGUGUAGCCUAUUGAACCAUUUUGCGAGAACUUUUUUUAUAUAUUCUUAAAAAUUUGCACACGAGAAAACCUGUUUUGUGACAGAAUCAGAAGUAGUCUGUAAAUGUAGGGAAAACCUGGGAAAGUCUAGAAAUUUACAAAUGUUGUGACAACUCACUGUUCUCGGAAAAGCGGUACAUUUUUACGGGUAACGCGGUACCCGAAAAAACCCCUCGAGCGUAAUCUCAGUACCAGAACGCGUACUAGUCUUUGGUUUUUUUUUUGUAAUUUUAAGUUUUUCGCGGAAACGGAGGCUUCCUAAGCGCUUAGCCCGCUUGCUCGCUCCGGUUCAUUUGAACUACCGCGCGCGGAAGACCGUGGCCCCUCAAUCGUGUUCUUGCCAGUUUUUUACUUUCAACCCGUACUUAAACCGAAGCGAGAGAAAAUAUUUCUCUCUCCCCCCCCCCCCCUCCCUCUCACAGAACCCAACAUACCCGCAGUGAUAACAUGAUAACAUUAAACAAUAGCAGAGCGGAUUAUUUUUGUAGGAGGCCAUAGUUAUUUUUUCACAAACACUCAGACACACAUAUACCGCACCCACCUCAAAGCGAACAGGACAGAGUAAACAGAUUUUUUUAUUUAUGGCGUCUUGGGGGGAGACGUUCUCCCCCCGCCCCCGCCCGCGUAAAAUAAAAAUUAAAUUAAAUAGAGAGACACCGCGUGUUGCGUAGGUGCCCGUAGAAGUGAAAAGAUAUUUUACCUGUAAAGAUAUUAAAAAAAAGCAGAUACAAUCGUAUUGUCUAGAGAUAAAAAUGGGGUCCCCUUCCGGGGGUAGCCCGUCCCCUCGUAUUUAUAAUAUUCUCAGCAUAAGAGUUUAGGCGUUUAAGAGACUUAGUGAAAGUUUUUGUCUGAUUUUCUGUGUUAUAUUUAUACUUAUACAAAAGCCCGAUCUUUUUUUUUUUUUUUUUUUUCGUUCGUGUACAACGUUAGGUUAGCGUGAUUUUUUUCUACCUAUAUAUACAUUUUUUUAGUUUUAGCGAGGCGCGCGCGCCGCUGACGCCCCCUCGCCCGUCUGAAUAAAUAGUCUUCCGCUCGGGAAUCCGUUGUUCUCAGGGCGUCGGCGCGCGGCGCGCCACUGACUUAUUUUUUUUUCAACCCCUACCCCACAUACCCUCCGAUCCUACCCGUCCCGCGCCCGAGUGUCGUUUUUUUGUCGGUUCUUGCGUUUUUGAAAAUCCCCGCCCCUACCUCCUCGCCCCGCCCUCCCUCUGUAAAGUAUAUUAUGUGUAAAAGUGCCAUCUACAAUAUAUUUUUCUAGUUCGAUAGAGAAACAGCUUAUGUCUUGUGACUUAGACACUGAUGUAUACAGUAUUCGGUCGUAAUA